AUGGCUCUGCCCCCUCAGAAAUGGCUUUUCCUGGCCUACAGCUGCCUUCCGUCAUACUCUGAUCUGAACAUUUACACCAUGGCAGAAACGCUUUACACAAAGAACAAAGGAAGUUCCAUGGAAGACAUAACCGGCAGAGGGAACUUACUGUUGACAGCUGCAGCCAAUAAAGGAAAUACUGUGUCACAUUCUGACUUGGUUCAUGAGAAGCCAAAGAAAUCGCAAUAUUCCUCUGAAAAUGUUUUCUCUAUUGGCUAUGAGAAGAGUCUCUUUAAUUCAUUAGUACCAGCCCCUCAAAUGAGGACUUGCCAUCAUUGCGGUCUGUUUGGAUCCCUCAGAUGUUCCCAAUGCAAGCAAAUAUACUAUUGCUCUGCAGAUUGCCAGAAGAAAGAUUGGUCAACACAUAGUGUUGUAUGUGAGCCAGUUAAACAGAACGUAAGUAAUAACAAUGGAGGCAAAUUACCUGAUAAAACUGAGAAAGGAGUUUAUCAUAAGGGUAAUUCAACAUCUGUGGAUUUCCUCAAGACAGAAGAACCCAUCAAGAAAAUAAUGCUUUCGGAUCUUCAGACUCUAGAGAUCAAAAAAGCUAUGGAAGUACAGGGUACAGUCACAGAAUUCAAGAGUCCAAGUGAAUUUUAUAUACAGAUGAGUUCUCCAGAAGUUUUAGACCAGAUCAAUAAGCUUUAUGUGAAACUGCAAGACUGCUACGCUAACACAGUUAUUCAAGAACAAUAUAUUGCUAUCAAAGGGGAAGUCUGCGUUGCAAGGUGUUCUCUGGAUCAGACCUGGAACAGAGCACUGGUAAAAGAUGUGGAUAUAUUGCAAAAGAGAGCACAAGUUUUCUAUAUAGAUCAUGGAAAUGAAGAAAAUGUUCCACUCUCUUGGGUUAAAGCUCUGCAGAAAGACAUGGAACUGCUGUUUCCUCCAUGUGCCAUUAAGUGUUCCUUUGCUAAUUAUGAUCCAAAAGAAAAAGGAUGGAAUGAAGGCAUCACCAGCUUUUCUUCCCAGCUCAUGGGAAAGCGCUGUUCAGUAACUGUUGUUGAUGUAUUACAGGAGGAACUGAUGUUGAGUUUUGCUGUUGACAUUGUUCUUCCAGAUUUUGGUAAGUACUUGGUAGCAUGGGGGGAGAAAAAACCAACACAAAUUUGAGACCAUGUUGUUCCUUUCAUCUCGUGCAUUUUUAACUCUGUAAAAAUUAUAGUAUCGGUUUCUAUGUCAGAAAGCCUUUCUAAGGGAAGUAAAGAAAAAAUACCGAAAGAUGAAGAGUUUCUUCACUGUGCGAAUCCAGUUACAGAGUGUGUCUCCCCGUGUGUUGGAGAUGUGUUUUCCGGUGUGGUUUCCUGCGUUCAAAAUCCAGAAGUCUUUUUCUGUCAGCAGACACACAAUGCCCGUCAACUUGCUGAGCUUCAGGUGUCUCUUAAUGAACAUUGUGACAAAUUUCCCAGUAGUCCAGCUUUCCGUCCUGCUGUUGGAAAUGUGUGCUGUGCCCAGUUCACAGAGGACAAUCUUUGGUAUCGUGCUGCUGUUGUAGAAUAUGUUUCUGAAGAUACUGUUUUGGUGGGCUAUAUAGAUUAUGGUAAUCGUGAAGUUCUUCCAUUGACUAAACUCCGUCCAAUGAUUCCAAGAUUAAUGGACUUGCCAGCUCAGGCCAUAAAAUGUACCUUGGCAGGUAUAAAGCCACCAUUAGGAGCCUGGACCUCAAAAACUACCCUUUUAAUGAACCAACUGGUGAAAGACAAAGUGUUCACAGUAAAAGUGGUGGAUAAAGAUGAUGUUAGAUCUGUGGUGGAGCUUGUAGAUACAUCAGUGACUCCAGUAAUAAAUGUAUCAAGCUGUCUCAUAGAGAAAGGCUGUGCAGCUGAGGAAUCGAGGAUGGCCUCACCGGCAAUCGGAGUGAGUGAUGUUAAAGCAAAUGAGGACACAAUGAACAAAAGCAUUUGCAAGUGGAGCAAAUUAACUCUUAAACAAACAGUAGACGUCAUAGUGUGUACGCUGUACAAUCCUGGAGAAUUCUACUGUCAGAUUUCAAAUAACAGUGAGUUACUUGCCUUAAAGUUACUCAACAAGUCAUUGUCUGAAUACUGUCAGAAGACUCCACCAAGUAUUAUUAAGCCUGAGAAUGGAGAUCCUUGCUGUGCUUUAUUUUCUGAUGAUGGUAACUGGUAUCGUGCUUUGGUGCAAAAUGUUACUUCAGAUGGAACUGUGAAAGUAUUAUUUGUGGACUAUGGAAAUGUUGAGGAAGUACCACUGGAUAAAAUACGGCCGAUCUCAUCCUCAUUCCUAAAACUUCCAUUUCAAGGAAUUAAAUGCUGGCUCUCAGGUAUAAAGCCUGGUAGCAGCAAGUGGAUUCCAGAAGCUACAGCAAGAUUUCAUAGGUACACUGCAGGGAUAAAGCUUCAAGCCAGAGUAACUUCCCUUUCCAGCGAUGGGGCAGGUGUAGAGCUUAUUGACAAUUCCACAGGUCACCCAAAAGUCAUCAAUGAGAUACUAACUUCUGAAAAAUUGGCUGUAAAGGAAAUUCUACCAGAUAAAAAAAACUUCCCAAAUAAGUCUGACAACAAAAAAGAAACCUCACAUGGGCACUGGAAGCCGGUUGAAUUGGCUGUAGAUGAGACUGUAUCUGUCUGUGUAACAGAGGUUAUAAGCCCAGACUUGUUCUACGCUGUGCCAGUUCAAACUAAAGAUCAAGAGAAGCUACAGAGGCAGUUGAUUGAACUAGAAAGCUAUUGUAAAUCUUGUAAGAACCAGCCCUUCAAACCAAAACUGGGGGAUGCCUGUUGUGCCAGGUUUCCAGGUGAUGGCCGUUGGUACAGAGCUCUUGUUCUAAAAGCUUCUCAGUCUGCAGUGAAAGUACUAUUCGCAGACUAUGGGAACACAGAAACUUUACCACUUUCGGAGGUGCUGCCAAUCACUGACUCAUACUUGAAGCUGCCUUUUCAAACAAUUACAUGUUCACUUGCAGGAAUAGAGAAAGCUGAGCGGUCUCCAUUAUUACUUGACAAGUUGAAAGAAAUGUUAUUGAAUAAAUGCGUCACAAUUACAGUGAAAGGGGUUAAUGGAAAUGUUAAUUUAGUAACAGUGGAGAAACUUUCUGAAAAUGAAAGUCUGAAUGUAGCUGACAAACCGGCAGUGGAAGGUUUGGUAAAAUCCAGCAGUGCUGAAAACUUACAUACUGAAUAUCAAGGCAGUGGAGGUGAGACCAAAUGCUGCUGCGCAGAAUUAAAAAUGCAACUUAAAAAGCAUGAACAGAUCCUACUCUUCCUUUUAAACAAGUAUGGAAAUCCAGAUGGAUUCGCUGAAAUGAAACAACUGUUGGAGCACUAAGACUCUGACAUGAGCCAUUCCAUUUGUGUGUAUAGCAGGUUGUUGCCAUUCCUUUUUUUGGAAGAGCAAGUGUAUUCAUUAGCUUAAGAUUGAGAGUCGCUUUGUAGAAAUUCUACUCUUUCUGUACCUGUAUUUCUCUGUAUGCUUGGAUUGUUACUGUGAGAUAAAUAUGUAACUUGAAGGAUUGCAAAGCUAAAUUUUCUGGUCUGUUUUUGUUUUACACCACCACCAUGUGCUGCUAAGCUUUUUCUGUACUUUCGCCGUUGAAUGCACAUAACUUUAUGGAAUGGCCAUUGCAUUGAGAGUCUAU